AUGGCAGAUAAAGAAGGCUCGACUGUUUCAAAGCUCUUGGGGAAACCUCGUAUUCAUUUCGGUUCACUGGAAGACCAAGAAUCCGUUAAACGAUUAAAAACAGCCACCGAUGUGGUAUCGACAUCUAAUACCGGCAUCGAUCUCGAUGCGUUAGUUGAAAGUAAAGAGUACGAUUUAUCCGAUACGCUCCGAGCGGCUGGCGCGGAUAAACAAGUUUUGGAAGAGUUUGAACGUAGAAAACGAGCAAGACAAAUCGCCGUCCCUACCGAUGAUACUCGCGUGAGACAGCGCCUGAGAGAAAUUGGUGAACCGCAAUGUCUUUUUGCAGAAGGGCCUGGCGACAGACGCGAUCGUUUACGUUAUUUAUUAUCCAUCCGAGAAGGCGUGGAAAUUGAAAGCGCUGAGGAAGGCUCAGAAAGUGAAGAAGAAGGAGAAGAAGAAGAGCAAGAAGAAGAAUUUUUUACUCCUGGCACACCUGAAUUAUUAGAAGCGAGAAAAUGGAUAACACGAUAUUCCUUACCACGAGCCAAAGAAAGAAUCCAGCGAGAACGCGCUGAACAAGAAACACCUUUGGUGCAACUCAAGGCCGGUCGAAAGGAGCUGCACGCAAAGUUAAAGAAUUACACAAACUGGGCAUCACAAAUUGCGGAUGAACGACCUGUAGCGCAAUGUACAUUUAGCCCUGAUUCAUCCAUGUUGGUCACUGGUGCUUGGUCCGGUCUAUGCCGCAUUUGGUCCGUGCCUCAAUGUGAGCCAAUUUUGACAAUGAAAGGUCACAACGAUCGAGUUGGCGGUGUUGUAUUUCAUCCACAGGCCACCAUCAGUCAAGAAAAAAGUGCUCUGAACCUCGCUUCCAGUGGCGCGGACAGUCUGAUUCAUUUGUGGAGUUUGGAAAAGGAUACACCCAUCGCUACUUUAGAGGGACAUGCAAGACGCGUGGCUCGUAUUGCAUUUCAUCCUUCGGGACGCUACUUGGGAAGCGCGAGUUUCGACGGUACCUGGCGGUUAUGGGACGUAGAAACAUCGCAAGAACUGUUAUUGCAAGAAGGCCACUCCAAAGAAGUAUAUGCCAUUGGAUUUCAAUGCGACGGCAGUCUGUGUGCUAGCGGAGGUUUGGAUGCGACAGGUCGAGUAUGGGAUAUGCGAACUGGACGAUCGGCAAUGAAUUUAGAGGGUCACGUCAAAGACAUCAUUGGAUUGGACUGGUCACCCAAUGGCUAUCAUGUGGCAACAGCUAGCGCCGACAACACGGUUAAAAUCUGGGAUAUCCGUACUUUACAAUUUGGAAGGACAUGA